AUGACUGGUAAAAGUGAAGACACCCAACAAGCACCAUUGGACAAUGAUGAUGUAAUUGAAUUAGUUAACGAAGAAAAUAAUGAUGAGCCAAUCACAAAGAAAUCAAGAUCUGCUAUUGAAGAACUUCUUGAAGACUUCUUUACUGAGGACAACACUGCUAUUUCCGACAAAAACAAAGCUUGUACAAACCCAGUUGUUGAAGAAAUAAGAUUGUAUCGGUCCGGUGAUAAUAUUUCUUUAAAUGCUAAUGUUUUGAAUUAUUUUCAAUUUAAAAAUCUUAGUAAUAUUGUCAGUGCCAAGUGA